AUGCCGUCCGCCAUCAGUGCAGCAGUGGCUCAGCAGACAGCUGCUGGGUCAGUUCCCAGCACUGCUGUCGGCACUACUGAAGGUACAGGUGGGGGCACAGGGGGGAUUUAUUCUGCUAUUAUAAGUCGCAACCAGCCCAUUAUCAAAGUAAAGGAGAAGACCUAUGAAGAGCUUCAUAAGAAGUGUCUGGAGCAAAAUAUUCUCUAUGAAGAUCCUGAUUUCCCACCAAAUGAGUCCUCCCUCUUCUACAGCCAGAAAAUCCCCAUCAAGUUCGAAUGGAAAAGACCACGUGAAAUCUGUGAGAAUCCACGGUUUAUUAUUGGUGGAGCCAACAGAACAGAUAUCUGCCAAGGAGAAUUAGGUGACUGCUGGUUCCUGGCUGCCAUUGCUUGCCUGACACUGAAUAAAAAACUGCUCUGCAGAGUCAUACCUCAUGACCAGUCCUUUAUACAAAACUAUGCUGGCAUCUUUCAUUUCCAGUUCUGGCGCUAUGGAGACUGGGUGGACGUCGUCAUCGAUGACUGCUUACCCACGUACAACAACCAGCUGGUCUUCACCAAGUCCUCCCAACGCAACGAGUUCUGGAGUGCCCUCCUGGAAAAGGCCUAUGCGAAACUCCAUGGAUCAUAUGAAGCUUUAAAAGGAGGCAACACCACUGAAGCCAUGGAGGACUUCACUGGUGGAGUCACAGAAUUCUAUGAGAUAAAGGAUGCCCCUAAAGAUAUCUAUAAAAUCAUGAAACAUGCCAUUGACAGAGGAUCCCUCAUGGCGAGUUCCAUUGAUGAUAACCUAGGCUUUUCCUUUGGAUCAGCUCCUCGGAGCAACAUUGGAGAACAGAUCGCUCGAAUGGUGAAGCAGUUAGAAAACGCACAGAUGUCUUUCCCCACCGUAGACUACCAGGCAAUGGAUGAGAGGCCAGCAUGGACCAUAGUGCCAAUGCAGUAUGAAACCCGGAUGUCCUGUGGGCUUGUCAAAGGCCAUGCCUACUCUGUCACUGCCGUGGAGGAGACCGUAUUUAAAGGGGAAAAAAUACGUCUGGUAAGGCUGAGAAACCCCUGGGGGCAGGUGGAAUGGAACGGACCUUGGAGUGACAAGUCAGAGGAAUGGAACUUCGUUAACGAGGAAGAGAAGCUCCGCCUGCAGCACAAAGUCGUGGAGGAUGGCGAAUUCUGGAUAUCAUUUGAAGAUUUCAUGAGGCACUUCACAAAACUGGAGAUCUGUAACCUCACACCUGAUACUCUGGAAGCAGAUAAACUGAAGACCUGGACUGUGUCAGUCAAUGAAGGGCGCUGGGUGAGAGGCUGCUCAGCUGGAGGUUGCCGUAAUUACCCAGACACAUUUUGGACCAAUCCCCAGUAUCGCUUGAAGCUUCUGGAGGAAGACGAUGAUCCUGAGGAUGAAGAAGUUAUCUGCAGCUUCCUUGUUGCACUGAUGCAGAAGAACAGGAGGAAAGAACGCAAGCUGGGAGCCAACCUGUAUACCAUUGGCUUUGCCAUCUAUGAGGUGCCUAAAGAGAUGCAUGGCACCAAGCACCACUUGCAAAAGGAUUUUUUCCUCUACAACGCCUCCAAAGCUAGAAGCAAAACCUACAUAAACAUGCGAGAAAUCUCUGAGCGCUUCCGGCUACCUCCCAGCGAGUACGUUGUCAUCCCAUCAACAUAUGACCCCCACCAGGAGGGAGAAUUCAUCCUGAGGGUCUUCUCAGAGAAAAGAAGUCUUUCAGAGGAGGUUGACAACAUGAUCGAGGCAGAGCGUCCAUCAAAAAAGAAAAAGGGCAAGCCUAUCAUCUUUGUUUCUGACAGAGCUAACAGCAAUAAAGAGUUGACAGCAGAUGAAGAUGCUCACAAAGAUGGUGAAAAAAAACAUGUGGAUGAGAAAAAGCGUCCUUCAGCAAAAACUCGCGAGGGGAGUGAAGAGGAAAAACAGUUCAGGAAUAUUUUCCAACAGAUUGCAGGGGAUGACAUGGAGAUCAAUGCUGAAGAACUCAGGAAUGUUCUCAAUAACGUUGUGAAAAAACAUAAGGACCUAAAGACAGAAGGAUUUGAACUGGAAUCCUGCCGCAGCAUGAUUGCUUUAAUGGAUACAGAUGGCUCAGGGAAGAUAAACUUUGAUGAGUUUCGACAUCUCUGGGACAAGAUAAAAAGCUGGCAGAAAAUUUUCAAGCGUUACGACACGGAUCAUUCAGGAACCAUUAACAGCUACGAGAUGCGCAACGCAGUCAAUGAUGGAGGGUUUCGGCUGAACAACCAGCUCUACGACAUCAUCACCAUGCGCUACGCCGACAAGAACAUGAACAUAGACUUUGACAGCUUCAUCUGCUGCUUCGUGCGCCUGGAUGCCAUGUUCAGGGCAUUCCACGCCUUUGAUAAAGACGGAGAUGGCAUCAUUAAGCUUAAUGUCCUGGAGUGGCUGCAGCUCACGAUGUAUGCGUAACACUGGAACCAGUGGCUGCCUUCAUCAAGCACAGUCGAGACUUUUGCUUCGAGUCAUUAGCUCCACUCAUCCCCAAGUGCCAAUGAGCAUUUCUGCAUUAUGUACUUUGCAUGUGGGUCAAAGCCCUUUUCCAGAGUAAAUCCUUACUCCAGCAGGCAGAGCAGUGUGCACAUUCUCUGACUACUUUUACAACUUCCCAACCUUCCUUUGGGCAACAAGGAUUAAUUUACUGAUGACUGAACCUUUGUCUGCAUGGUAAAAAAACGGAGCAUGCAUCAUGGUUCUGCUUAUGCUAAUAAUUGCAGAAGUCUUCCAUCAACUCAGGCAAAACUGGGAUUGCAGCUGAACUGUGAAGGUCAGAGGUGUUUACUACCACCUUGUAAUUAGCACUACCCCUUCAUCCUGCUUUUGCUACAAUCAUUUCAGCCUCUUCCUAGCACUGACUGAAUAUUUCACAAGGUUGCACUAGAUUACACUGAGAUAGUGCACCAAGAGAUGUGGCAGUGCAAGUUAGUUCUCUGCCAUGCUAGAAGCAUGGAUGUUGUAAGGCAAAACAGACCACAGCUUGGUUUAGCAUCAAGGCAAAAGUAUGAGAACUGAGCAACUCUCAUUUUUAGUACCUCCAUAGUCUCUUAAUUACACAUUGGACCUUCUGCUUUCUCUGAAAUGUGAAGAAAGUUGCUUCUCCUUUAAGGUAUCACACUUCUUAUGCAUAUAUUUAUUUACAGAUGCACUCCCUCCCACUCUCCUCAGGGUCCUAUUGCCUGACAGUAUGGGGUAUUCCUCUAGUGCAAAAGGUGACUUGUAGCAGAACUGGACACUGUGGUAGCAUGACCACUUUGGGAAUAGUAUUAGAAUGUGCAAGUAGAACUCAUUUAAUUGAACUAGAAAUAAAAUCAAAUGGA